AUGCCCGCCAGAUCGGGCACGUCAUCCUCGAGCAUGCAUACUGCAACUUCCUUCAGCUCCAGUUUCGCCGACGCCUCCCCGUCACGCCAAUCGCCGAACCGCAGAAGCAUACACCGCUCUCAGCGCGAGUCCCUUGUCCGCGACCCCUAUGACAGCCCGAGCAAGCAACUAGCUCUCGAGUUCAAUCUCCGUCUCAGCAUAUCAGACCGAGACUUUAACGAGAAGCUCGACAAAGCCGCCGAGGAACGAGCCAAGCACCAUGCACAACAACUUGCCUGGGCUGCCGAGGAACACGAGCGCGUGUUUAGGAGCGCGAAGCUCGAGAUUGAGCGCAUAGCCUUGGAAGAAGAGCAGGCACGUCUACGCCAUGAAGAAAGCCAAAAGAGGGAAAUUGAGCGCUUGAAGCAGGAGAAGGCCCGCGAGCAAGCCGAGGCUCAGCGAAGGGCCUUGGAAGCCAAACAACGCGAGGAAGAAGCCGCCCGUCAAGAGGCCGCAGACAGGAAGAGAAUUGAAGAGGCUAAUGCCCGAAUCAAAGCUCAGCAGGACCAACAAGCAGCAGCUGAGAGGCAGAAGAAAGAAAAGGAGGACGCUGACCGGAAGGCUGCCGAGGCUGCGGCCACUGCGGCUGCUGCACAGAAGGCUCAACAGCAAGCACCACCACCAACACAACAGCAGCAGCCCGCUGCACAACCUACACCCGCCCUCGCACCCACACAGGUGGCAGCAGCACCGAAGCCAUCCACCAACGCACAAGCACCCACCAAUAACGCCGAACAGAUCCACGCCAAGUAUCUCGAACUCCAUCAGCGCAUGAAGGCCUUCCGCAAUGCUUUCUGGGAGGAACACAAGAAACCGACUUCGCCCUUGAAGGGCCCGGUUGGCGACGCUCGGCGCGCUCUCCGUACUCGACUUGGUCAGAUCAACGUGGAGCGAAAGGAUAGCGCUGCCGCCAUCAAGCGCCUUCGAACCGAAUGCUUCGACAUCGCUCUACAAACUCCAGGCCCUAUGAUUGACAUCCGACCAUACAUCGUUUCACACCAAAUCCCCCAGCUAGCCAACGACAACGAAGCUGCUUACCCUGCGUUCCUUCUCUACGUCUGGAUCUGCUUUGAGAAGUUCCUGGUAAAGCAGUUUGAGAAGGAGGCUGCCAACACUGACGGACGCAUCAUCCAAGAGAUUGGCUUGAUUGCAGCCAGUCUGUUCGGUGACCAGAAGUACCAGUGGCAGGGUCUUCCCCUCAUUGACAUUGCACUGGCCAAGCUUCACAAGGCGUGCCCCCCAUUGUUUGGCAUCCGAGGUACUAUGGACACCAAGGAAGGUCGGCUGCGCCUAGGCUGGCAGGAGGACUCAACUCCGGAGUCGUACUCACAGCGCAUGCGCGGCAUCGGAGCAGGCUUUGCUUCAAUGUCUCUUCGCUCGUUCGCCGCUAAGGCGCCUGCGAUUGCCAUCUCGGAAUACUGGCGCGCCAUCUCCUCGAUAUGCAACACACCCACUGAGCAACUUUGGCCUGGACACUUUGCCAUUCUCAGCGGCCUGAUCCGCGACUACCACAAGAAGUUUCUCCAGUUCUACGGCGUACCUGCGCGUGGCGUACUUCGUCGCGCUAUCAUUGACCUUCCGGCUCGUGCACCGGAGCGCUGUAAGGACGCUGCCAGUACUAUUGCCGUGUACCGCGAGACCUGGAAGAGGGAGAAUUUCUCUUUGGAUUAA